AUGAUACAAGUAUUGCAUUCAUUCGUAACUCAUGCAAAUGUCCAGAGUACAGAGCGCCUCUAUAUCACUCAAAAACCCACUUCAUUCUUGGCGCUCGGAGGCACUCUGUACACCAGGCGCGAAAGCCCACAUGAUAUGAUCGUAGCGAAAGUGGAGGUCAUGCAAUAUAGUCCAGUCGAAACCUGCGGGCACCGGUUACGUAAGCGCGGCGAGCUGCACCUGGGAGCGAUUGUCGUGCGGACGUUUCGCGCGUGCGUUGCGCGUUUAUAG